AUGUUUGGAGCACUCAACAGGUUGAUCUCGCGCCUCGAUGCUGAACCUCAGGAGCAGAAGUCAGGCAUCCAAGGCGCGUACGGCUUCCAAGUGUUGAGAAACAACAACCUCGAGCUGCCGAUUGAGCCGUGGUUUGAUUUCAUCAUCGGCAUCAACGGAAGAACCAUCGACAACCCCGAUCCAAGUCUCUUCGCGGCCGAAGUGCGAAACUGUGCGGGCUCAGCGAUUAGCUUAGGCUUGUUCAGCGCAAAAGGCCAGCGCAUACGUGAGAUCUACACCCAAGUGCCGACGAAUCCUCCGUCGCUUGGGUUGUCUCUGCAAUGGACUCCUUUGACCACGAUCGAAGACGUGUGGCAUAUCCUCGAUGUCAUGCCGAACUCGCCUGCCGACCUCGCUGGAUUGCUUCCGUACGGUGAUUACGUGAUCGGAAGUCCGGAAGGUCUUGUCAGAGGGGAGUCUGGUCUUGGUGAGCUCGUAGAAGAUUACAUGAACCGACCCCUGCGCCUCUACGUCUACAACCACGAAUACAACGUCACGCGUUCCGUAACCAUAACGCCCAACCGCAGCUGGGGCGGUACCGGCGCCCUGGGUUGCACACUCGGCUUCGGCGCGCUCCACCGAAUCCCAGCGCCCUUGGAAGAACCUCCCCAAGCGCCAGGAGAGACGCUAUUCGAAUCUGCGCCUGAAGAGAAACGACCGAUAUCCUCCAGCUCGGCAACCAUGGAACCUGCGCCUCAGUUCCCGCCCGCAUCCUCUGAGUUCCUCGUCCCAGCUAAUUUGCGGUUCCAAUCGAAGUCUCCGCCGCCACCAGGAGGACCACCAAAGUCUCAUAGGAAGGCCAGACAGCACCAUGCAAUCGCGCCGGCGUCGGCCAUGGAUGAGUACUUCAAGGAAGGUGAGGCAAAGAGUCGGGAGCAAGAUUACUCCCCGGCGUCGAAAACCGGUCCGUCGAAACCGCCACCGCCGAAGGUUGGAGGUCCGCCAAAGGCUGGCGCGCCGCCCAGAGUUGUGUCGCCGGCAGUGGAUGGAAGUGGUGCGGAGAGUGCUACAGAGUGA